CAGAACAGUAUCCCUCCGUGCUGGCUUCCUGCGAAUUCUUGUUCUUGCGGUAUAGCUUCUUGUUCUUGAUCUUGUUCUUGUUCUUGUUCCACUUUCCUCUGUCUCCUUCUCUGAAUGCAUCGCUUCGCAAUCUCUCCGAAACGCCCGCUCCUCUUCCAUGUGACCUUAUCCGAAAACCCUCCACUCAGAAUCCCGAUUCCGCCGACCACGUCUCCCCACGCCCGGUGGCAUCCCCGCUGCGCUUCCUUCUUCUUGAGCUGCAGGGACGGAGGCGGCGCCGCCGCCGGGGGGCUCCGCCGCUCGGCCCCGCCCGGCUUCGCGACCGCCGGCUACGGCGGCUGCUGCUUGAGCGACGGGAAGGUGCGGGGCAUUGCGGCGAGGGACGUCGAUGUCGCCACGCUCGGGAAUCUCUGCGUCGACAUCGUCCUCAACGUCCCCGCUCUGCCCCCGCCGUCCAAGGAGGAGAGGAAGGCUUAUAUGGAAGAGCUGUCUGCUUCGCCGCCCGAUAAGCGAUACUGGGAAGCUGGAGGCAACUGCAAUACUGCUAUAGCAGCAGCAAGAUUGGGGCUCAACUGUACUGCAAUUGGUCAUGUGGGUGACGAAAUUUAUGGGAAGUUCCUCAUAGAUGUCCUUCAUGACGAGGGCAUUCGUAUGGUUGGUAUGAAUGAAGAUGCCGAUGUGAACAACUCCAGUGCCUCGUAUGAAACACUUUUAUGUUGGGUUCUCGUGGAUCCAUUACAAAGACAUGGUUUUUGCAGUCGAGCUGAUUUCAAAAAGGAACCUGCAUUCAGUUGGUUGAAUGAACUAUCUGCUGAAGUAAAGCUUGCUAUUACGCAGUCAAAGAUCUUAUUCUGCAAUGGUUAUGGCUUUGAUGAACUGUCCCCUGAUUUAAUAACCUCAGCUUUAGAUUAUUCUGUUGAGGUUGGUACAUCAAUUUUUUUUGAUCCUGGACCACGAGGAAAGAACCUUUCCAAAGGAACACCAGAAGAACGGAAGGCACUUAGAAAGAUCCUGCAGAUGAGUGACGUUCUUCUUCUUACUUCUGAUGAGGCUGAGUCACUCACUGGAAUUAAUGACCCGAUUCUAGCUGGACAGGAGUUGCUAGAGCAAGGUGUACGUAUGAAGUGGGUAGUCAUUAAAAUGGGCGCUAGAGGUUCCAUCAUCAUCACGGGAUCAAGUAUAUCUUGUGCACCUGCAUUCAAGGUGAAUGUCGUCGACACUGUUGGUUGUGGAGAUAGUUUUGUAGCUGCUAUCGCCUACGGUUUCAUCCAUAAUAUUCCCUUGGUCAACACAUUAGCACUUGCGAAUGCAGUUGGUGCUGCAACGGCUAUGGGUUGUGGCGCAGGCAGGAACGUGGCAAAAUUAGAUCAGGCUAUAGAACUGAUGAAAGCUUCAAAUCUCAAUGAAGAUGACAAAUUUUGGAAGUUAGUUCUCGGUGAGAAACUGGAUUCUUGUGAAAUUAGCAUUCUUUCGGAGAUGGUCAUCAACGGGAAGAGUGCUCAGGGGAAUCGGGUACCCUUGCGAAAAGUGGUCUCUGAACUGCUGUCUGAGCUUGAGCCUGCACGGUUGAAGAGUUCAGUUACAUUUUGAUUGGAUGAUUGCAUUAAUAUUUCAGCUCCAUGGUCCAUCAUGUCCAGAUUAAGCUUGAGCGGAUGCAUGUUGUUACCGAACACGAAGCUAGGCCUCAAGGUGAAAGGUGAAACCUCAUUAGAGGGACUCCCGAGAUGAAGUCUGCCUGGGCCAUUUUUGGGGAAGCUCUAGUUUUCACUUAAGUCAGUAAAAAUCGGUUCUUGAGUUCGAGCUUUUGUAGCUGAUUCUUGUGCUGUUUUCUUUUUGGGGGUCUCAAUAGCUGCUUUACUGCUAGGCAUCCCUUCUUAGAGGGUCUUGUGCAGUUAUAAUACGCAACUGCUUCACCAUUCUUGAAUUAUUGACGGCCAACUUCUUUCAAGGCUAAGAUUGGAAAUGACGUGGACAGGGCUUCCUGUUUUUGCAUUGAA